CCUUUCUCGGCCAGGGAACGAACGGCUAGGCCUCCCUGAACUCCAGAUCCCAGGAUUCCCCAGGAGAGACUUCCCUUCAGGAACCCUGGAGAUCGGAGUCCAGGGAGGGCCGUUUCGGUUUCCCAGCCGCCGGGCCCAAUCCCAGGAUUCCACGGGGGAAGUGACACAUCUGCCGAUGGCCCUAUUAACUAGGCCUCUCUGAGGGAGAGGGAGAAAGAGAAAGAGGGCCGGCUUUGUUUUGAGGCGGAGCGAGCGGCGCUCAUGGAGGAGCCCGACUACUUCGGGGGCGGCAGCGCGGCCGAGUGGGGCGACGACACCGACGGCGGGGCGCAAGAUGAUGAUUAUGGAGAAGAAGAUGAUGCUGAAGUUCAGCAGGAGUGUUUGCACAAGUUUUCUACCCGAGAUUAUAUCAUGGAGCCAUCCAUAUUUAAUACUCUAAAAAGGUAUUUCCAGGCAGGUGGCUCUCCAGAAAAUGUGAUCCAGCUUUUAUCAGAGAACUAUACUGCUGUAGCCCAGACAGUAAAUUUGCUGGCUGAGUGGCUCAUUCAGACAGGUGUUGAGCCAAUUCAAGUCCAGGAGACAGUGGAAAACCAUUUAAAAAGCUUGCUCAUUAAACAUUUUGACCCUCGAAAAGCAGAUUCCAUUUUCACAGAGGAAGGAGAGACUCCAGCAUGGCUUGAGCAAAUGAUAGCGCACACUACAUGGCGGGACCUCUUCUACAAACUCGCUGAAGCUCAUCCAGAUUGCCUCAUGCUAAACUUUACUGUCAAGCUUAUCUCUGAUGCUGGGUACCAAGGGGAGAUAACCAGCGUAUCAACAGCAUGUCAGCAGUUAGAAGUUUUUUCUCGAGUACUGCGUACCUCUCUGGCCACCAUCUUAGAUGGUGGAGAAGAAAAUCUGGAGAAGAAUUUACCUGAAUUCGCUAAAAUGGUGUGCCAUGGUGAACACACGUAUCUCUUUGCCCAAGCUAUCAUGUCCAUAUUAGCCCAAGAAGAACAAGGUGGUUCUGCUGUGCGCAGGAUUGCUCAGGAGGUUCAGCGGUUUGCUCACGAGAAAGGCCAUGAUGCUAGUCAGAUCACUUUAGCACUUGGAACUGCUGCCUCAUACCCUCGUGCCUGCCAGGCCCUUGGUGCCAUGUUAUCAAAAGGAGCUCUGAACCCAGCAGAUAUCACAGUCCUCUUUAAAAUGUUCACCAGCAUGGAUCCUCCGCCUGUAGAACUGAUCAGAGUUCCUGCUUUCCUGGAUCUCUUCAUGCUGUCAUUGUUUAAGCCUGGUGCUAAGAUCAAUCAGGACCAUAAACAUAAAUAUAUCCAUAUUUUGGCUUACGCAGCUAGUGUUGUGGAAACAUGGAAAAAGAACAAGAGGGUAAGCAUAAAUAAAGAUGAGCUCAAAUCCACUUCAAAAGCAGUUGAAACUGUUCACAAUCUCUGCUGUAAUGAGAAUAAAGGAGCUUCUGAACUUGUAGCAGAGCUGAGUACCCUCUACCAGUGCAUCAGGUUUCCAGUAGUAGCAAUGGGCGUACUGAAAUGGGUUGACUGGACAGUGUCAGAGCCUCGAUACUUCCAGCUUCAGACUGAUCACACUCCAGUGCACUUGGCAUUACUGGAUGAGAUCAGUACAUGUCAUCAGCUGCUUCAUCCUCUUGUCCUGCAGCUUCUUGUCAAACUCUUUGAGACAGAACACUCUCAGCUUGAUGUCAUGGAGCAGCUGGAACUGAAAAAGACCCUCCUGGACAGGAUGGUACACUUGCUAAGCCGAGGAUACGUCCUUCCAGUGGUUGGCUAUAUCCGCAAGUGCCUGGAAAAGCUGGAUACAGACAUUUCUCUGAUCAGAUACUUUGUGACUGAGGUACUGGAUGUGAUUGCUCCUCCAUAUACCUCUGAUUUUGUGCAGCUUUUUCUUCCAAUGCUGGAGAAUGACAGCAUUGCAGGCACUAUUAAGGCAGAAGGCGAACAUGACCCUGUUACAGAAUUCAUAGCUCACUGUAAAUCAAAUUUCAUUGUGGUCAACUGAAAGAGAGAAAAUAUACCACCUGCUGAUCCCAUGGAUUAUCCUUCCUUUGUGUACUACAGAAGAGAAUAACACAAACAGCAUUGAAAAAGGAAAAAAAAAAACAGUUUACUGGUUGAUGCUUCAGGUGACUCAGGAACUUCACACUGAUGUGUUUUCAAAUUUAAUUUUACUUUUCUUGGAUGUUGUUAUUUUCAUUACUUUUUCUGAAUUUAUUGGAUUGUGAACUCAAAACCUAGGGCAGAGCAACAUGAAAGCUGAAGGGUGUUGCUUCUAACUUCAGGUGACCUGUCAUAGUUGUCUGGAAGAAUAAAAUGAAUGCAAUGGAACAGCUAGAGGUGAUACUCCUGACAGUGUUGGUUGGGAUAAUUCAUUACUUCAAGAUGUGGUAAUUGGUGUUCUGUUUCCCAGAGAGAAAGAUCCACUGCAUUACCAUUAUCCUGUACACACAAGUAAUUUUUGUAACUGGAAAAGUGAUACAAAAAUCUCAAAUUGUUUAUUGUUUCAUGAUAAUCCUGUAAACAUCUGUUAUGGCAUGAUUGACAAGAUUGGUUGUUUGUUAUGUAGCUCUCCCUCAUCACCAGUUGUAAAAUGUCUUUAUGUCAAGUCUAAUAUUGGAAAUCAAGGCAAUAGUAAUCCUGUUAAUGACAUGGUUUGGAAAAUAGCAUGAAUUGUCAGUUGCUGAGUAGUUGCAGGACUCUUGGUUUUCACUGCAUUCCAGAAAAACACUGUGAACCUGGAGCCCAUGUUCACAAAUUCAUGUCUUUUUGCAACCUUUAUAUAUUUGAGUACUGCAUAUGUUAAUGUAUUAUCACAUGUUCUUUGCAGCCCCUAUCGAAGAAUCUGUCUUUGUUGUUCUUUAAUGCCAUUUUUUAAACUGUCAAUGGUAAGUUGUAUUACUGUGUGAAAAUACAGUUAAAUUUCUUUGACUGCAUAGCAGCCACUUAGAAGUAUACAGUAUAAUGUUUCUUAAUACACCUUUGUAAUUACCUGCGUAGGAUGAAAAACAAUAUGAUAUAUGAGAGCCUGUAAUUUUUAAUAAAUUAUCUUUUGGGUAACGAA